GUCAACCGCACUACUUGGUGUGUUGGCGGGCGCGGCCAUAUUGCUUAUCACAAGAACACCCUAGUCUACUAGAAUCUACCUGAAACUUACACAAAUCAAAACCAUCCAAGAUGACGGAACGCGAGGAUAGUGUGUAUCAAGCAAAGCUAGCGGAACAGGCUGAAAGAUAUGAUGAGAUGGUUGAGAGCAUGAAGAAGGUGGCGUCGAUGGACAUAGAGUUGACGGUGGAGGAGAGGAACCUGUUGUCAGUAGCCUACAAAAACGUGAUCGGUGCUCGGCGAGCGUCCUGGCGCAUCAUCUCCAGCAUCGAACAGAAGGAGGAGAACAAGGGCGAGGGAGACAAACGGCUCGACAUGAUCCGGGAGUACCGAAAGCAGGUUGAGAAGGAGUUGAACGACAUCUGCGGAGACAUUCUUGGUGUGCUCGACAAACACCUAAUACCAAACGCAAACAGCGGGGAGUCUAAAGUAUUCUACUACAAAAUGAAGGGAGAUUACCACCGGUACCUAGCCGAGUUCUCCUCUGGCAGCGAUCGCAAGGAGUCUGCCGAAAACUCGCUAGUGGCCUACAAGGCGGCCAGCGAUAUCGCCAUGACAGAGCUGCCGCCGACGCACCCGAUUCGUCUCGGCCUCGCGCUUAACUUCUCCGUGUUCUACUACGAGAUCCUGAACUCGCCGGACCGCGCGUGUCGCCUCGCGAAGGCCGCGUUCGACGACGCGAUCGCCGAGCUGGACACGCUGAGCGAGGAGAGCUACAAGGAUUCCACACUCAUCAUGCAGCUACUGAGGGACAACCUGACGUUGUGGACGUCCGACAUGCAGGGCGACGGCGAAGGAGAGACGAAAGAAAGUACGCAAGUAGAGGACAUCGAACAAAAAGAACAGGAGGCAUCAUAACUUCACACCUAGAAAAAUAAUUAUUAAGUCACCUUGACAACAGUUGCUAUGGCAUUAACCUCCGGGCAUUGCAAGCGCGUAGGCAACACACAAGUCGGUGUCGCGACACUCGGGCAUGGCAUAACUGGAGACGGAAUUUUCGCUGCCCAGUUUCGGGGAUGGGUAUUGCUUUGAUACGACAGUAACUACUAGCAUAGUGACGUAUCCCAAGUGGUACGCGCGCGGGGGGUUGGGGUGGGGGAGGAUGCGGUGCAUGCCACGAGUGCGAUCGCUCGUACGGUGAACUCAGUAAUUAGUCUCCUGCUUCACAGCUCUUGGAUGGGUUUUAGACUUGGAUAUUCUUUCCCAGCAGUAGUCACUCGACCGAUGCAACGACCGUUCGUUCGUUCUGCAUCUCUUCCCGCGUUCAUUGCUUAGCCGCUAUCACGCCGGCAUCAGCGCGUAACCAUGGCAGCCAUUGUCAAGACGUUAGUGUGUUAUUGUCUUCUAUUACAGUCAUUCUUGAUUUAUACAUACGGUUCUUAAAUAUUAUUGAAGUGAUGAUACUGUAUUCCCGACAGACGUGCAAGGCUGGAUGUAGGCGGCUGGCAGUGAGCGGUGAGCGCGCUGCCUGCUCUGCCGGCUGUGUCCAGCUCGUGUGUGGGUCGGUUCCCAUUAGUGUAAAGACACACAUUCUGUUCACCGCUAUGUUGCACUUCGUAUUGUAAUGUUAUAUGCGUUUCUGUGGUCACUGUUGCUCACUCUCUCGCCGUUUUUACCGCUAGCCCGGGACGAGGGACACCAUCUGGUCUCGUCCGUCCGAAAGACUGCAGUGUGUUUGUUCUCCCAGUUAGUCGACGCGAUGUUAAAUCCGUGUUGCAUUCAACUCUUUUGUAAGUGUGUUUAGAACAGAUUUAUCGUUUAGUACCGUGAGCGUCUUCCCCGACCUAAUCUCGCUGCGGAUACUCAUUCCACAAAAAAUUGUCCCCUUCUCGGUGUAAAUUCGAGGAAGAAGAAUGUUGCGCAGAGUGAAAUACGCAGUAGCAUGUGUAGUCGCAGUCAGUCUCCGGUCACACGCAGAUUUUCGUGAGCCUGCCGCAACCCGAAGCAGUUGUUGGGUACAAAAUAUUUGAGUGUAGUAAUGUGAUUGCUCUUGCUGGUCCACUGAGUGCGGCAGCGGCAUCGUCAGACGACGGCUCUGAGAUGAAUCAAACUGUGAUGUUGUCAGUUGAUAGUCGUUGGUGGUGACAUAUCAAUAACACCUGUUGCCAUGGUAGCGUGUAUUUGAAUUCAACACUGCAGGGGGAGCGAGGUCAUGCGAUAACCAGGGGCACUGUAAUAUCUGUGUGUGUAUUGUGUAAUAUGAUAUAUUAUUAUCCGUACAAGGUGUAAACUGUAUAGCGUUUCUUCAUCAUUACAUUGUGGACCAUGUACACACUUUAUUUUGCAAGAGGAGGUCGUUUAAUUUCAUGGGCUUGGGAGAGUUUGCAGAAUUUUAAUAUCCGGAGAGGGAGAGAGUUUUUCCCUCGCAGUGCUGUGCCAUGCUCAGUAAAGGCCACACACUGGGUAGGAGACACCAUAAGCACCCUUAGCGCGCACAUUUCCGACGGGGGAAACGCUGUCUUACCAGUAGAAUUCACGUGGCGCGCUGUUGUUAGCUGCUGCUGUAUCAUUUUCUAGCCGGCAGCUUGCUGGCCCCCUUUAUAAGCGAGUCCGGUAUUCCGCCCCUAGAGAACUACUAAGUACCUUAUAGCCUCGAUAGAUGGCGCUGGCGAUUGAGCUGUGCCGCGGGUGUAAACAUUCUGGAAAAGUUCUUAUAGCUAGGAAUAUUUCGAGCGUUCGGUGCGGCUGACAGUUUCGUGUGACCACGGCGACGACGCCCCGCUCUCCGGGGCCGUGGCGGAAACUUGUGCGUGCGUGCGCGCGCGCGCUCUUUGUGUUAUAUGCUAGGCGGGCAGUUGAAGGGUGUGUGAGAUAGGUGACAUGGUUGCCGCGGCGCUUGAUUUACCCUUACACUGCAAGGCAGACGCUGGAUGUUUGGCUCCGACACGUUACAGUGAUGGCCGCGCCCUGUUGCUGUGCGUGCGUGCGUGUCUCACACGUGCGCAUAGUGCAGUUGUCCGUGUCGUCGCAGUACUUUGAUGUCCAAUCCGAACUGGGUGGUGGGUAUUUAUUGGCAGAGGUCUGCUCUGCGCUGCUAUUCUAGUGCUUACUGCACUGUACUGUAUUGUACCGUACUGUACUGUACUGUUGUAGUAGUAGUAGUAGUAUAAAUAGUGGCUGUGAGAGAGAAACACGGGUCUGGCCCAUCACUUAGGCAAGCCAUCACUGUAGGCUCAACCGGUAUCUGUCUGGAAAAAACCCCUUACUGGAGAAAAUCGAAAUGCACAAUUGUCUGGAAUAGCUUUGAUUGUGUGUGUGUGUGCGUGCGUCUGUGUUGGAAGGUCGGAUAUUCGGUGACUGUAUCAAAAAUCAUAAAUGACAAAUUCGUGUAAAUGAAGCAAGGGCAGUGUUUGGUGUGUGGCGCCAUCUAGUUUGGCACUGCGUCAACUAUUCUAUUCAGUUCUGCUGCUUUUAAAUAAAAUUCCAUGUCAUGAAAUCUCA